CGUCUUAUCCUACCGGUAAUACUAAUGUGUAAGCACAACGACUCGCUUACUAGAGGUCAGCAUCUGAAUCUACUUGUGCGAGGACUGCACAGCUUAGCGUAAAUUCCAAAUGAAUACAACGACAUUCAAAUGUAAUGAAGAUUUGACGAGUUGUGGCAAGGCGCUUUGAGGGAGCUGGAACGACGUGCUCGCGUUGAGUUGCACGGAACCCAGCCCUGCGCCAUGUGGUGGAGCCGUUGGAUCUGCUCACUUGCAGUGGCAUUGGUUUUGGCUAUGGCGUGCUGCCAGGUUAAGGCCAAUGACGCUCGCUGCAUAACUCAAAACGACUGCUCGGCGUCACAGUUUUGUUCGCAUCCACCUCUCAGCCGCCUUCCUGGGACGUGCGAGGCAUGUUGGAAAUGCUGCCUAUUUCCACGGGUGUUCGGGACGGCAGCUUGCAGCAGAUGCCGCUGCAGCUUAUCAAACACGUGUUACAGCGACGGCGAAUGCGGUGCAGCAGAGUUCUGUGCAGUGCUGACGUCCCGCCGCGACCUGCCCACCUGCCGCUCCUGCGCCUUCUGCCGCAACGACACCCAGUCCUGGCGUGGCUCCUGCGCCGCCGCCUGCCCCAGCGGCGCGCUGGCGGCCAAUGAGGUGGCGGGCGACGCGGCGGGCCACUACCUGUUUUCGGCCUUCUCGCUGGCCGGCGAUGACGCGGCGCGGCAGGUUAUGGCGGUGGAGGACUCGGGGCUGGUCACCAUCACAGAGCUGGGCUUGAAGUCAUGGUUGACUCGCUACGGGCUGCCGGACGAGAUGGUGGGCGUCAUCAUGGGCGGACUGCCGCACCUGCACGCGGAUCCGGCGGCAGAGGCAGCGGCGGCGGCGGCGGCGGUGGCGGGGACGUCAGCAGCAGACCCGGGGCAGCACGGCGACCGAGUGGCGCUCGCGGCAUUCGCAACGCGGCUGUCAGCGGUUGCGCCUGCGCGUGAUGCGCUGUGCCCCCAGCCCCCAGCGGGUGGCGGCGCCACUGGCAUGGACCCCGCCAGCCCGCCGGCAGUGCGCGUGUCGAAAGGGUGUCCCUGCAACACCACGGCGGGGGCAGUCAGCUUCCGCUGUGCUGCAGGUCUGCGCUGCUCGCCCAAGGCCUGGUUGUCGGUGCCCGGGGACCUGGUCUCGAUGGGGAUUGCGUCGCUGCUCAAGGCCCGCUGCGUGGCGUGUGAGCCCGGCACGUACUGCCCCGAGGGCACGUACGUGGUGGCGGAGAACGACCCCACAGCCAUGGCGGCUCUGGACUGCCCCGAGGGCAGCUACUGCGCGUCGCCUUCGGAGCGCAGCCCAUGUGCCGCGGGGACCUUCUGCCCGGCGCGCUCCACCGCCCCUACCACAUGCGAGUAUGCGGACCUGCUGCUCAAGCCGGCGGCGCUGGGUAGCAGUGCUGCGCUGGCGGUGAAGCGGCAGCGGGAUGUGGUCAUGCGGCUGCGUGACGACCGCGAGCCGCUGCGGGGCAACUACUGUCCCAACCAGUCGGCGCUCCCUAACCUGAGGUGCAAGCCUGGCUUCUUUUGCCCAAACACCACGCUGCAGCUGCCCUGCCCCGCUGGCCACUUCUGCCGGUCUGAGAGUGUGGAGCCUGUCGUCUGUCCGCCGCUGUCCAUUUGUCUGGAUGUGGCCAGCAGCCCGCGCGUGUGGCCAGCUGCAACUGCGGCAUUGGCUGGCUUGGCGGUGGCAACACUGCUUGCCGCGGGACUGGCCGCCUGCAUGGACCGCAGCCGGCAGUGCGCACGCAGCGACACAGAGCAGGACAGGCGCUCACGCGGGGAGCGGGCGCUGCGGGAGGUUGUAGCCUAUUUCCACCGACGGCGCGCGAGCCCCGCUCUGGGCUGGUUCACCUCGGCUGUCGAGCCACACGACCUGACCAUGGAGGGGUUGCAGUGGCGCCUGCCCGGGCCCUCCGGCCGCACAGUGCUGCAUGGGGUCACAGGCCGCUUCCUGGCGGGUCAUAUGUCCGCUAUCCUGGGCCCCUCCGGCUGCGGCAAAACCAGCCUGCUGGCGCUGCUGGCCGGGCGGCAGGGCGGCGGCUCGGGCUGCACCUCCGGCUGCCUGCUGCUGAACGGACAUGAGGUGGACGACCCGCGCGCGCUGCAACGGGUGACAGGCUUUGUGCCGCAGGACGACGUGCUCUGCAGUGACCUGACCGUCAGAGAGAACCUGGAGUACAGCGCCGCGCUGCGUCUUCCUCGCGGCCGCAUGAGCGGCAUCCUGCUGCGCAUGUCGCGCCUUGCCCUUGCAGCCUCCGGCGGUGGAAGCGGCGAGAGCGGCCAAGGCAGUAGCACGCGUGGCGGUUCCGACCGGCAGUCCGGAUUGCGGCCUCCCACCCCCGGCAGCUCCGCGGAACGCCGGGCGGUGGUGGAUGCCGUGCUUGACAUGAUGGCGCUCAAGGGGUUGCAGCACGACCGGGUGGGCAGCGUAGAGGCCAGGGGCAUUAGCGGCGGGCAGCGCAAGCGUGUCAACAUCGGUCUGGAGGUGGUGGCCCGGCCCGCACUGCUCUUCCUGGACGAGCCCACGUCCGGACUGGACGCGUCAUGCUGCUCCGACGUGCUGCGGUCGCUGUCGGACUUGGCGGCGACUGGCGUGAACGUGGUGGCGGUGGUGCACCAGCCACGCUACUCUACAUUCGAGCUGUUCGACGAGGUGCACCUGCUCAGCGGGUCCGGCCGCACUGUGUACCACGGCCCGCCUCACGCGGUUGUGCCGUACUUCGCCUCCAUGCUGGGAUACACCUUCCCGCCCCAUGAGAACGUGGCGGACACGCUGCUGGACAUCGUGGCGGGCAAGCGCUACAGCGAAGAAUGUACGGCAGCAGAGCUUCCCGAACGGUGGGAGGCUGAGGGCGAGGAUUGGGCAGCGCAGCUACCACGAUAUCCUGGGCACGGCGCAACUGCCAGCAACGGUGGCUUUGGCGACAGGGCCAUUGCAGGCGUUGCUGCCCAGCAACAGCAGCAGCAGCAGCAGCGGCGGGCUAUGCGGCGCGUAAUCCAGUCAGCAGGCGGCGCGGUGGGCUCCGGGCAUGCGGCGCAGCGCGCUGAUGGCGGCAGUGGCGCGGGUGAGCUGCCGGACCCGGUGUCCAACUCGGAGUCGGACUACGACGCCGACAUGGUGGCGGAGCUGGCGGACCGUGUGGGGUCACUGGCGGGCGCGCCAGGGGCCGGCAUCGGCGUUCGUGCCGGGUCGAUACCGGAGCCCGGCGGCAGGGAGGCGGGCGCAGUCAAGCAGCCACAGCUGACGCAGGAGGUGAAGGAGAUCAUAGAGGCCGAGUACGACCGACUGCUGCGGGCGGCCGCCGCCGCCGCCGCUGCUGCCACAUCUGCCACAGACCGGCAUACCAGGGGCGGCGGCCUGUCAGCGAAGUCGUCUGGAGCGGUGCACGGGGUAGUUCACGGGGCAGCAGGCGUUGUGGCGGCGGCAGCUGCCAAGCUGGCCAGCAGGCACUCGCUGCGUCCGCGGGCCGCGUCGGAGGGCUCAGCUCCCGCAGCCGGGGGCACUUCCGCAGAGGUCGCUGCCACUGCGAAUGUGACCGGGUGUGUGGUAAAUGAGCAGAAGGCCCUGGCGCCGGAGGGCCUGAAUUGGAGCCAGCUGCUGCAAUUGUUUGCAGCUCUGGGGCAGGACGGCCCAGAUGCCGAGGCGCUGGUCCGUGAGAUCGUGUGGCACGCAAUGGAGUUCCCCACCACGGUUCCUACCCCCAGUGGCGUCAGCUCAGGCGCAUACUCCCAGACGCACUCGUCGUGGGCGGCAGUAACGCCUGGUGGGCGCCCCGUUGCCGCACACUCCAGCGGCGGCCCAGGCCUGUCCGCGCCGCGCGCCUCUCAAGCGGGCCCCACGUCUCAUCCCUCGGCGCCGCACAUGCCGCUGAUGCCGGGAACGUUUGGCCCUGUGCUGGUCCGCAAGCAGCAGCUCAUCCGUGCCCUGCAGUGGGUGGCCGACGGCCGCAUGUCAGCUCCUGACCACCCCCGCCAGCUGCCAGCAGCUGCCAUGGGUGUGGCGGCCGCGACUGGACUGAUGACCAAUCCUCUUGCGUCCGUGGCCAGCAACACACUUGAGGCCGUCAUGUCAGUGGUAAAGCUGCCGGUGCGGGCGCUGAUGCGAGCCGCCAGUACCAUGCGCCAGCGGAACAGCCUGAUGGGUGGCGGCCGCCCCAGUGACGGUAGCCGCCUGGCGUCCGCGCUCAACAGCGCAGCAGUGCCCAGCGGAGCUCUGAGCGGCGCGUACAGCUCGGCGCUUCCUGGCGUGCAGUCGACUGCGUUGCCUGGCGGCGCGGCUGCAGGCGCGCCGCAUUCGGGACCCUUGGGCGCGCCCCGGCCUAGCAACCGCCUGCUGGCACCCGUCUCGGGGCUGCUGACAGCCUUGGGCUUCGGUCAGGACAACAGGCGGAUGCACUCAAAAAGCAUCAUCGGGACAGGCCUUCCGCCUCUGCCACCGCCGCAGCACCAGUCGCUUGCUCCCGGCAGGGACACCACCGCUGCUGUAGGUGCUGCGGCUGGUAUUUCUCCACCAAACAUGGCUCCUCCGCCGCCCUCGGCUGGCUCACCCCAGCUGCGCCUGACCGCCCAUCUCUCCGUUGGCGCGUCAGGCCAGCUGCCGCCACUGCUGACGGCACACAACAGCACACGCGGCACAGAGAAGCGGCAGUCGGAUGACGGCGGAGGGUCUCUUUCGCAAAUCCCCGAGGCCUACGGGGCGACCACGACAGCAAGGCUGCCAUCCAGAACCUCAGACGGGCACUGCAGGCUGCGGCGUGCGGACAGUGCUCGUGCGGUCAAUGGCUCAUCAAAUGCCCCCGACAGCUGCACAUCACCCCGCUCACCUGCACACACAGGCGCAGGCUUUGGCAGCGAACAGAAGGGGUCAUCCAGCACUGGACCGGGCAGCGCAGCGCCACCAUCGCCCGCGCAUCGGCCGUUCUCGCCGGCUACAGCAAGGUCUCCACCGCCCAUGCGUGGCUGCGCGGCUGGUGCAUAUACCAGCCAUCACUCGGCCUUCUCAUCCAUGCCGGGCACUCCGCUGUCCAUGCUCUCAUCGCGCACGGCGCCUGGAAACUCAGCGUCGCCUUCCAUGCGUCCGAAUGGUACUGCAGACAGCGGCCUUCGACUCGGCCUUGCAGCCACGUCCGACGCAGAUGUUCUGGCCAGCCCCGCGACCCCGUUCGGCAAUGCGUCCGCACAGGUUCUCGCGGCUUUUGGUGCGAGUCCCUCCGUGGGGACGCCUUUUGGGCGUGCAUCAGCAGUGGCGGCUGCACUGGCUGCCGCUGGCUCGGGCGUCGGCCUGUCGGCGUCAGCGCCGGGGACUCCUGCUGUCGAGAGAGUCGCUGCAAUGGCUGGACCACCGCUGCCAACACCCGCAAUAGCAGCAGGCCCCUACCCGCCCAUGGUGCCACGCGCCGGUCCGGGCGGCCGACCGCCCUCUGCCGCGGCUGCUCAGCAAGGCGCGCUGCCGAAUGGGGUUAAUGAUGGGGCUGCUUCAGUUGCAACUGCGCCGGCGGUGGUGCCCGGUACCGGCGCAAUGGGGAGGCUUAUUUUCAUGCCACCGCCGCCACCUCCCAUGCUGGCGCCUGAGAGUCCACGAUCCCAAUUCCAGCCCAGCCGCAUGUCGGUUGACAUAGCCGCCACUGCCGCUCAGCCACCGAUGCAGCAGAACCUGGAGGCAGUGGUAGCCAAGGCGGCGAGGGUAGCGGCGAGGUCUGCGUCCUCAGCUAUCGCCCAGGCGCAGGCAGGCAUAGGCGCCAGGGAUGAUGACGACGACGGUGUGGAGCUGGGCAACGAGUUUAAGACGGCGCCGCACCUGGCGGACGUCGUGCCCGGUGAGCGGCUCGGCAACGACACGGCCCGUCUCGAACGCGCGCGCUCAAGGAGCCUGUGCGUGUCACCCGUCAAGGCUGCAGCCAACGGCACGGUUUCAUCCCCUGGGGGCGCCCUGCAUCCUGCUGCCGCAGCAGUCAAGGCCUCCAAGUCGCCCCACCCAACUUUUGAUGACGAUAUGCAGCCCGCCUCAACCCAUGCCGAUGAGCUGAACCAGUACUUCAUGGCAUCAGCGGGCGGACUGGCGCGCACGGGCUCGGGAUCCUUCUACAUGUCCCCCGCCAGCUCCUUGGGUGCGCCAGUCCCAGCAAGCAAUGGCAUGGGCGAACCUCUCUUGGGCCCACGCUUCAGCGCUUCUUUCAACAAUGGUGUCCGCACUGUUUCGUAUCAGGCCCCGCCCUCGGCGCCGACUGCAGGCGCAUCCACUCGCUCCGGCCGCUCGGUGGCUGCCAGCGUGCCUGGCACGGCUAUGCCCUCAGGUCGCAGCCGCCUGAGCCGUGUGGCCAGCCAACGCACAGCCAGAGGUGUGCAUGGCCCAGCUGAGGACCCGGAUGACGAUCCCCCGGAACGGACACUGUCAAACAGCUCGCGCAGACCAGCGUCCUUCACCGGUGCGGUGUCAGGCGCAGACGGCCCCAUCAUAGCUGUGAACAGUGCCACGGGCCUUCUGCAAGACCGUGCGACAGCGGCGGCACGCUUAGUGCCGAGCGACACCACGACAGCUACAGCAGUAACCGCACAGCUUUAUGCAGCAGCGGCUGCUGUGGCACUUGGGAGUGGUACGGUCCCAGAGUUCAGUGGUGAGGUGGUGGCUAUGGGCACCGUACAGCCGGUGGCGGGGGCCCGGGGCGCUCAGCAGGGAGCUGCACACGGCCGCGGCGCCGCAGGCAUGCAGCCACCACAUGCUGCUGUAAGCGCCCAGCAUGUCGAGCAGAGGACAGGCUCCUCUCCUACGGACAACGCUGCCCAUCACAGCGCUACCAGUACACUUGCGGCGCCAACACCCCACUCUUUCAGCUCUCUCCUGCCAUGGCCCGGCUGGCUGACACAGAGCGCCACAUUUGGGCGGCGAGCUCUAUUGCAGGCGUCUCGUGCGUUCUGGCCGGCUACGGCGCUGGAGGUAGCUCUGCUGCUGGCGGCGGCCUUGGUGGUCGGGGCAAAUCAGGGCACGCGCUGGGGCCCCACCUCAGUCCCGGGUCACACCGUCAUGGCGCAGCUGUGUCUGGCGGUGCUGGCGGCGGUGCAGCACCUGCGCACCUUCACCGCCAGCCGACUGGUCAUGCUGAGGGAGCGCAGUGCAGGACUUUCGACCACGGCCUUCUUCGCCGCGCGCUGCAUGACGGACCUGCCCUGGGUCUUGAUUGCACCUGCGGUGUUUACACUGGUGCACUACGUGCUCACGGCACCGCUGGCAUCCAUCGCACCAUACUACAUUGUGUCACUGGGCACAUGGUGGUGGGCGUCGGGUCUGUCCUACCUCCUCACGGUGACACCGCUCAUCCCGCCCGCGGCGGCACCCACUGCGGCUGUGCUACUGGCGCUGAUUGCGGGUGCUUUCUUGCAUGGCAACUCCUCCCCGACACUGGCCAGUGCGCGAGGUAACGUCAUGUCGGCGGUGCUCGCGCUGUCUUAUAGCCGUUGGGCUGUGGAAGCGCUGACCAUCAAGGAGCUGGACCACCACAUGGCCUCACACGCCAACGUGAUCGCCAUGAUGUACCGGGACAAGGGCACGUGCGGCAUGGACACCGUGAUUGAAGAUGAUGGUGAUGACAAUCACCUGUCGGGCGCAGAGGCCGUGUCAUUCGUGCACGUGGCGGAGGAGUUUGGCCCGGGCUACUGCGACCAGUACUGGAGCGUGGCAUUGGCAGCUCUGUUCAGUUUGGGCCUUGCGCUGCGGCUGCUGGCGCUGCUGGCCCUGCGCUACGAGACCGCCCUUGUGUGCGGCUUCCAGCAGCUGUCAGAGCGGCUGCGGCUGCGCUCAGCCACAGGCGGGGCUGAUGAUGACGAGCAGGCCGCGGCUGAGGCUUUGACAGCCGGUCAGCAUGACUCCAACAGCUGCUCGAGCCGCGAGCGGUUGCUUUCCACCAAUAACGGGGCGAACUCCACCCGAGGAGGCUGGCAGGUCCCUAUCUCGAAUGGGUGGUGGUCGCGCUUUUGGCGAACGGAGGGCGUGCAUGGCAGGCCGGUAAGGCAACUUCAGCGAAGCCAGAGUGAUGUGUCAGCUAGCACAAGCAGGCGGCAGCGGAGUAGGUCCAGUAUGAAUGGGAGUGUGAGCAUUGAGAUGGCGCAGCGUGGCUUAGAUAGCAAUGGCGCAAGGCAAACAGUAGCAGGUCUGGGAAUGUUUGGGCGGGGCCGUGGGGCAGGAGGCACUGAUCGGGGCCUGGCCCGCGACAGUGCAAGCAGUGGUGGAGAAAGUGCGCCGCUGCGAGAGCCGCUGGUGGUGACUGCGUCCUCACAGCCUGCCCGUUCUGGCCAUUUGCAGCAUCGCAUCAGCUCAAAAUGUUAGGUGGUGUGGAUGUGAUGGUGACAUGGACUGCAAUGCGGGGCUCAGCGGCCGCAAAUACUUUUGAAGUGAAGGGAGCAGGUCAAGGCCACGAGGACCUCAUGGUAGUACCAGAAGUAGCGCCGCUGGCAUGCUGGUUGAGACAGGCCGGUGGUGUCUGCUCAAGUUUUGCACGAGAGCAUAGUGUGCCAUUCCAACAUGCAACGGUGUGAUACAGCAAUAGCAACAUCAACGCUGUGAUAGCUUUGAGAGCAUGACUGACCAAUUCAUUGUGUGCUUUGUGUCGCUGUGCACGGCAACUCAAUGUCGCAUUCAUACGACGGUUCGGGCUGAUCCCGUUCCUGUGAUAGGAAGCCACCUCAUCUGUUUUAAGUGAUGUUUAGGUGCACUUGAGAAAGGAGGUGGUAAAGUAUGACCAUGAUUAUGUUCUGAAUUUGGUGCCGACCCACCUAACUGAGGCAAGGCACCGAAGGCCAUGGCCAUGUCCUCCCACGUGCCACAAUGCAUUUCCAACAGUAUGGUGGUGAUUUUUGGUGUAGAUGGAAGAUACGAGAUGGAAGAUACGAGCACUGCUGGCGUCCCUAGCACACACAUGCACACAAACCGCCGGUGAUACGUUCAAUGCUUAGUAACAAAGACAGCG